UGGAGGGCGAGCGAGCGUCAUGGCAGCGCUUUGCUCUCUCCCCAGGACCCCGGACCUGCCCACACUGCACGGCAAGUUGCAGGACUUGCUGGGCUUCCUGAGGGGCGCCCUGCGCAUUUCCAGCGCGCACACGGUGGACUUCUACACCCAGUCGGUGUGGCAGGGGCGGGGGGCCCUGCCCCCCGAGAGCGGGGGGGCGGCGGCGAGGGGGGCGGCGCCCGGGGGGGGAGGUUUUAUUGAUCUCCCCAGAGUAUUUUGUGAAAGAUCUCAGAAGCUGUUGAGCACGGAAGCCUUUGUUGUGGCCGCCAGACACUACUCUGUGCAAAGCUUGGGGCUGUGUACUCCUAUUGAGCAGUUACUUACAGCCCUCCGGCUAAAUAAAGAACAGAGGACUGGUGAAAAUGUGAAGGCAAUUGAGUUUAUGAAUACAAAAAAAUCUCAUGAGGUUCAGGAAAUGUCAGAGCUAAUCUGCAGUAUUGCUGAUUACUGUGGUUUAAAGCAGAUAAUUGACGUGGGUUCUGGUAAAGGCUACCUAAGCUCCUUUUUGUCCUUAAAAUAUGGUCUAAAUGUCUAUGGCAUCGAUUCCUCAAAUACUAAUACUCAUGGAGCUAAGGAAAGAAACAGAAAAUUGAAGAAGCACUGGAACCUGAAUCAUCGGCAGACAAGAGUAGAUGUCAAUGGACUGGCAUUAAAAAUGCCGAAAGAAAUUGGAGCUCAAAAGGAAGUUAAGUGUAAGGGAGAUUUUGAGAGUGUACCAAAGAGCAGUCUUGGCAAUCAAGACAUGUCUACCAGUGUUUUGCCAGAGUUUUCAGAGUCCAAAGUUUCAGCCAUCAGAAAACAGCUAGGAGAUCUACAUGCUCAGCCACUUGAAGAAGAGAAAUUGUAUUUUGAAAAUACCUUUUCUCUCAUGGAUUUUUUGCCUAUUGAUGCCAUCGAACCUACUUCAUCUCAGGUGCACAAUACAGAAAUAUCUGAAGUGAGGAAACAGAGAAGAAAUAUGGCAACCAAACCAAGUGACUCAAGUAUAUAUUCACCACUGACCUCUUUUAUCACUGCUGAUUCAGAAUUACAUGACAUUAUUAAAGAUCUGGAGGACUGUUUAAUGGUGGGUCUCCAUACUUGUGGUGACCUUGCACCAAAUACUCUGCGGAUAUUUGCAUCCAAGUCUGAAGUCAAGGGAGUUUGCUCUGUGGGUUGUUGCUACCAUCUUUUAUCUGAGGAAUUUGAAAACCAGACUAAAGAGUAUGCUCAAGAAAACUGGGGAUUUCCAAUGUGCCGUUAUCUGAAAGAGGAGAGAUGGUGUUGUGGCCGUAAUGCAAGAAUGUCAGCAUGCUUGGCAUUGGAACGGGUUGCAGUUGGCCAAGGGCUUCCCACCGAAUCACUCUUCUAUCGUGCUGUUCUUCAGAAUAUCAUUAAAGAUUAUUAUGGCAUCACCAAAUGUGAUCAGCAUGUUGGUAAAAUUUAUUCCAAAUGUUCUUCCUUUCUGGAUUAUGUCAGAAGGUCUCUAAAGAAGCUUGGAUUAGAUGAGGCCAAGGUCUCUGAAGAAAUUAUAAUGGACUACUAUGAAAAAUAUAAGCCUAGAAUGAAUGAACUGGAGGCAUUUAAUAUGUUGAAAGUUGUUCUGGCUCCUUGCAUAGAAACACUGAUUCUUCUUGAUCGACUUUGUUACCUGAAGGAACAGGAAGAUGUAGCAUGGUCUGCUCUUGUGAAGUUGUUUGACCCUGUGAAGUCUCCCAGAUGCUACGCUGUUGUUGCUCUGAAGAAGCAGUGGUGAUCGAAGCUGAAGCAGGUGGCUAAUCAGCUUGUUUGGGGAUAUACCUCAAAGAUUACUUUUCUAAACAUUUGUAUCCCAUUAUAUAAACAUUUUUAAAUAAUUGGUAUAUUUUAAGUAAUAAAAUAAUGGCUAACAGUAUAA